AUGUAUUUUCCAUUCAAGCCUGCAAGUUUAUGUCAGCAAAGUAGUGAUAAAUUAGCAGAAUAUGAUGUGAAUUGUACCACUGUAAUUAAUUCAGUGAAGGUCGGCAAUACGUCCAUAUCAAGUGCACAUUUCCAAACUAUAUUAGAUGCGUGUAUCUACGACUUGUGUUUGGUCAGCCUGGCAACAGAAGACAAUCAAAACAAUAUAUCUGCAUGGUUAAACGGGCCAGUAUUGACAUACACUGAAAGGAUCAUUCAUUUGGAAUUGACCUCACUGGGAUGUCAAUUUGAUGGCCUGAACUACUUAGAGGGAGCAUUAAGGGAAGAAUCUUGUUCCUUAUAUUAUUGUCAUCAUGGUCAAUGGAUUAAAAAAGAAGAAAAAAAUCCUUCAUGCUGUUCAAGUGGGGGUGAGGAUUAUGAAAAUGGGGAGGAGGUUACCAUGGAUUGCAAAAUUAUGAUCUGCAACUGCGGCUCGUGGAAAGACAAAAAAGAAAUGGACCCAACUUGCUGUGAAUAUAAUGGCGUGAAAUACGAGAAUGGCGAGCAAGCGACCAUCGAAUGUUGGUUACAAGAAUGCAACAAUGGAACUUGGAACCGUCUUUGGCGUGAUCCAGACUGCUGUGAAUAUGAGGACAAGAAAUACAAGGAUGGCGACCAAAUAACCUUCGGCUGUAAGUUGCACCAAUGCAAAAAUGGAGAUUGGACCUUUGUCUCCGUUGAUCCAAACUGCUGUGAAUAUAAUGGCGUGAAAUACGAGAAUGGCGAGCAAGCGACCAUCGAAUGUUGGUUACAAGAAUGCAACAAUGGAACUUGGAACCGUCUUUGGCGUGAUCCAGACUGCUGUGAAUAUGAGGACAAGAUAUACAAGGAUGGCGACCAAAUAACCUUCGGCUGUAAGUUGCAACAAUGCAAAAAUGGAGAUUGGACCUUUGUCUCCGUUGAUCCAAACUGUUGUAGCGAAGGCAACAAGGUACAUCCGGAAGGGACAACGAGGAAAGUUAACUGUAUAAUUGAAGAGUGUAUUGGAGGAAUGUUUGUGGACACUGGAAAUAGUGACCCUGACUGCUGCAUACAUCACGGAACACUGUUCCCUGAUGGUGAAACUAUAACCAUCGACUGUCACGUAAUUGUUUGCAAUGAUGGGGAAUGGGAACAAAUGCCGGACACGAAGCCGGAUCCGACAUGCUGUGAAAUUGGCGGAAGAUUGUUCGAAGAUGGUACACACGCGGUUGUUGAAUGUAACAUCUUCGAGUGCAUGAACGGUAGUUGGAGUGACACACACACCAUGGAUCCUAAUUGCGGCAACACGGGCACAAGCGAACAUACGGAAUACACAGAAAGAUGCGAUGAAACUGAAGCCUGCAAUGGCAUGGGAGGGCGCCUUAUCAUCCAAGUAGGUCAACAACUCAAUAUGCCAUAAAUCACGAGUUAAAAACGAGAUGCUGAUUUGCUCAUAGGUGUCACUCUGCAACCCUGUAUCCAAAUAAUUUGUAUUAUGAAUUGGUUUAUAUAUUUCUAGCGAACAGGCGACGUGUAAAAAUAUCAAUUAUGUUGAAGCAAUUUUUUUUGGGUUAACCUUGAACUUUGAAUCUUAUUAUUUUAGUAUGGGUAUAUAAAUAUUUGUAAAAUUGCAAAUAGAAUUGCAGAGUUUGUAAGUAAUUAGUACGAGUGUAAGAUAACAACAACAAUAUUUCAAAUCUAAAAAAAUAUGUUUCCAGUUUCGAUGUUUGAAGAUGAUAAAAAAUAAGCCAA